AUCACCUACCUAUAUAAGCCUCCAAACUCUCGAAUUAGGGUUUUGCGUCUCUCUUUCUCUCUCUCAACUGUGUUUUGCAGCUCAGAGAAGAACAAUGGUGAAGGGUCGCCAAGGAGAACGUAUCAGACUCUAUGUUCGAGGAACGAUUCUCGGGUACAAAAGGUCGAAGUCAAACCAGUACCCAAACACGUCUCUGAUACAGAUCGAGGGAGUGAACACGAAGGAAGAGGUGGAUUGGUACAGAGGGAAGCGAAUGGCGUACAUUUACAAGGCUAAGGUGAAGAAGAACGGCUCUCAGUACCGUUGCAUUUGGGGAAAGGUCUCUAGGCCUCAUGGAAACAGUGGUGUUGUUCGCGCCAAGUUCAAGUCCAACCUCCCUCCUAGAUCCAUGGGAGCUAGGGUGAGGGUUUUCAUGUACCCUAGCAAUAUUUGAGUGCUUGGUUCUGGUAGAAUCUCAAUUAGGGCAUUUUAAGUGAAGCAGAGUUUUCAGGUUUUUCUAAUUGUUGAAUCUAGUUCAAAGAUUUUGUACUCUGAAAAUGUUAGCUGGUUAUUUUGGUAUUGGUGCUUUAAGUUACGAAAGUCAACGGAACAUCUCUGAUGAUGCUUGUAGUUAGUUUUUGAUGUUGCUACUCUCUUUUCCUACUUGCGAAAUUAAAGUGUUUCAAAUUAUAAUAUAUAUAUUUUUAUUUUCA